UUCAAGGACUACAUUAAUACAAACAGUAGUAUAAACCCCCCCAAAAUAAAGGGUCGAAUGAAAGUAUUCACAAUGGUUGCAUGGACGUUACUUCAAUAGUCUAAUUAUUUAUUAUGAAAGGCUAAAUGUAGCGAUAUUUAGUUUUGAAGGUCAUUAAACAUUGGCUUGGAAAUCAUAGAACCAAACGUAUAUAGCGAUUUAUUAAAUUAUCAACCAAAUUCUAUAUUUAAGAACCAAUCCUUCAUUAUGGACAUGACUAGGAAAAUACCUUGGCUCGUAAUUACUGUUCAAAUAAAAAUCUAGCUUAGUUUUCUAGAGUUCUUGGCAUUCAUUUUGGUUGCAUGAAUAAUAUUUUUCUCAAAAUAUGAUCUCUACUAUAGUUCAGUUACUAUAUAAACAGCUCUUGAAUAAAUACGAUUUUUGAAUCUAGCCAAUUAGAAUAAAGAACUCCAGACUAAAGGCAUCUAUAAAGUAUUCCUAACAGUAUACCCCAUUCCUUACUGCUAAUUUUUGAUACCCAUUAUCAAUGACUAAGACCACUAUUUGAGUUAUAAUGUUUGAUAAAUAGGUGGUAUUAGAUUAUAUUUCCAUAUAUAUUCUACUUUUUUUUCCAUUCAUAUUCUGCAUGCGAGUGGUAAUACAGGCAGAUUUAUUAUAAGGGUAUCUUUAUAUACGAUUAAAUUCACUGAACUGAAUAAUAAUAAUAAUAAUAAUUCAAUAUUGCCCGUGUCAUCUCUUAUUUUUUUCAACCUUUGAUGACUAUUCGUAUUUACUCCCUUUUCAACUACUUGUUUAUGAAUUUCUUGCUUGUACAUUGUACAACAGAUAAAAUAUAUUAGCUUAUCUCUUGGGAAGUUAAAAUAUGAAUAGCUGGGAAAGUGUAUGUCAAACAAAUGUCCUUGGUAUUUUACAAUAUUGCUUUGUCAUAUUUUUCCCCUACUACAACCUGAAUUCUUGCUUACUAUGUAAUACACAUAUAUAGUAAAGUGAGGAAGGGUAGAUGAGGGUAAGCUACCUACUGUUCAGUCGUUUCUUGUCAUUUAUUUUGUUGAUAUAGUUUUUCGAAGUUAUCCUCUGAAGAUGCGAGGAUUCUUAAAGCGUCAAAAUGUUGACAAGGUUCAGCCCGGUUCAAAUAUCACCACCUACGAAGAAGCGCUCUAUCCUCCACGACCUUAUCGUUACCACCUCCAACAGGAUCCAAUUGCUCCCUCAAUAUCAUCGACAGCUCAGCUAUCUUCAAAUGACCCGCAUUCUGUAUUUUUACCACCACCACUGGUCGUAUUACCCAGCAUUGACGCGGAUUCUAUUUGUGAGCCCCAUUUACAGCAACCGCAACCACAGCAGCUUCACCAGACUCGACGACCCAUGGGGACGACAUCCGGAUCAUCAGCUUCAUCUGGUACGGUUGUUAACAAGCGUCCACCUCCCUUUUUAAGUAAAUUCUUUGAUUGCUUUGUGCCAUCCUCCUUGAUGAUGGAUGAACGGGGACUAUUUGACGUGCUAGGGGGACCGCAGUCCAUCUGGUGCGAGCCGUUGAACAUCUUCCACUACCCGGAUCUCCUAUUUAACUCACCGUCCCCUUCUCAAGACGAGAUCAAACCCCCUGUAGGGGGUUCUGUGGCUCGUAAAAGGGUUGUCAGAAACCAGACGGACUCGUCUGUGACGAUUGAGCGACGGCAAAUGGCCCUAUUGGGGCUAGCCGAGAUGGCACGUGUUCCGCUAGAACUGCGCUCCUUUGUCACGGCCCUUGGCACAGGGGGGAUGAUGGAGCUACGGCCUGUGUCAGGAAAGGACCGUGGGAAAAUGGAGGCGGUUAAUGUGCUGCGGAUUCGCCCCAGCCGACGGCCCCAACCGCCUCGUCCGAUUCGCCGUGGGGCGAAGGUGGUCCUGGAUACGGGUCAUCUAGCCACAUCGACUGGGACGCGGGUGGCGUCGGAUGACAAAGUCAAGAAGUCAACCACCGACGCCGGGGUAGUUGGAAAGAAGAGGACUCGUAAUGGGGAGGAUGGAACGGAAGCCGAUAAUUUAGUCGAUUUGGAACAUGAUAAUGAGAGCGAAGACAGUAAAAACAGUGCCAAUAUGGAGGAGGACGACGAUGAUGAUGUGGAUAACCUUUCGGAUGGCUUUUUCGAAGCGGAUGAUGAUGAUUACGGUGAUAAUAUCAAAGAUGGUUUCAAUGAUGAUAACGGGAAUGAUUUCUUUUAA